AUGGAGACGCAGGCGGAGCCUCGCCGUGCCAAGAGAAGGAAACCGGAGGUAUCCAAGAGCCCUGGCCAGGAGAGUGAAGCAAACAUCUCGACGCUGGCGCCUGAUUCCUGUCCUCCUGGAGCCGGAGAAGACGUAUUCCCCAUCCAAGAUCCGCCGCCUGGAGCCGGAGCAGAACAAGCAGAUGGGGUCGACCGAAUCAGCCUCCUCCCGGACGCCAUUCUCGGUGAGAUCAUCUCUCUCCUCCCCACCAAGGAUGCCGCCCGCACCCAAACCCUCGCCACCCGGUGGCUCCAGCUCUGGCGCUCCGCCCCUCUCAACCUUGACGGCAGCGACCCCCUCACCAUCGAUGUCGUCUCCCGCAUCCUCUCCGCCCACCAGGGCCCCGGUCGCCGCUUUCGCUUCCCCGCACGACGACUACAGGACCACCCCGCCACUGUGGAUGCAUGGCUCCGAUCCCCCGCCCUCGACAACCUCCAGGAGAUUGACUGCUGGAUCGGCUUAUUUGCGACGGAGGUGUUGCAACCGCCACCACCGCCGGUGUCUAUCUUCCGGUUCUCGUCAUGCCUUUGCGUCGCCACUCUCAGCCACUGCCACCUCUCUAACGAUGUCGCCCAGGCGCUUCGGUUCCCCAAGCUCAAGAAGCUCGCACUUCAAUGGGUCAGCAUUUCAGAGGAUUCCUUGCAUAGCAUCAUUGCUGGUUCUCCCGUCCUCCAGGGCUUGCUGCUUCGCAGAAGCUUUGGCUUCCGCUGUGUCAGGAUCAACUCAGCUAGCCUUACAAGCAUUGGGCCAUGCCGCAAAAAGGAAUUCCGGGUCAUUAACUCGACAACGCCGGCAUGUACUGUCAAGAUUUUAGCAGCCCAUAUUAAAAAUCUUAACAUGGAUGUGAUUAUUGACUUAAUGAGAUGUUUCCCAUGCUUGGAGAAGUUGUAUAUCAAGUCAUAUGAGGGGGGAGAAAAGAAUUUAUGGCCCCGUAAACAUCUUACGACUUAUCAAAUGCAUUGA